AUGAGGCAUGAAAACUGUCUGGAUGAAAUCCGUCCGGUCAAUCAUAUCAAUCUCGCUAGCCCAUUCACUAUAAGUCACGCCAGCACCCGGUCAAUCAAUAUUUCGACACAGGGACGUUCCGUUGGAUGGGCGAUGGUCAGUCUUCCACUUGCCUGGGACACUCACGAUGUCCGUCAUAUGACCAACGGACUGGCCGCAAGACGAUUCCUAGCGAGGAAAGAACGACCCAGUGAGGAUCAGGAAGAUUUCAUAACGUGUACUUGGGUGCAGGCGACAGGGCGAACUUGA